CAGUACCUCAAACUCAGAACCGUCUCAUCCUUAGACUCUCCCGCAUCCUUGCUCUCAAAUUAAAUAAAUAUAGUUAGAGUCUUAUAAAGUCUUCUUAGGUUAUAACCUAUACCACUUAAAAUGGAGAUGUGCUUUGGAUUACUUCAGACCCGUGGAUCUAAGAUGUUUUCCUCAUGGAUCUGCUUGACCCUUCUUUAUUCAAUGCUGUUAACGUGGACCAGUGUCGACAGUUGGUCUUACUACUACUCCAACACCACCAUGAACUGGCAAGAAGCUCGAACGUGGUGCCAGGAGCACUACACAGACAUGGUGGCCAUCCAGAACCAGGAAGAAAUCAAGCAUCUCAAUGACUGGCUGCCCUACAAAAAGACAUACUACUGGAUUGGGAUCCGCAAGAUCGAUAGUGUCUGGACCUGGGUAGGCACCAAGAAAGCUCUGACGGCAGAAGCGACCAACUGGGCAAAUGGUGAACCAAACAAUGGCAAGACUCGAUAUAGCAAGGAGGAUGAGGAUUGUGUGGAAAUGUACAUUAAAAGGAAUGCAGAGCAAGGCAAGUGGAAUGACCAGAGGUGCGGAAACAUGAAAACGGCUCUGUGCUACACAGCUGCCUGUAAGAAUGACUCGUGUCGCUAUGGAGACUGUGUUGAAACCGUCAACAGCCACAAGUGCGCUUGUUUUGAAGGCUUUCAUGGAGAGACGUGUGAGCAAGUUGUUACAUGCAAAAAAGAGGAAGUGACUGUUCCAUAUAAAGGAAAUGUAAGUUGCACGCACAAGUAUGGAAACUUCUCCUACAACUCCUCGUGCGAGUAUUCCUGCGAGACAGGAUACCAGCUAACGAUGCCAAGACCCUUGAGAUGCACUGCGACACAGAAGUGGUCAGAGGAGCCUCCUGCAUGUAAACUGGUUCAGUGUCCGGUGCUGUCUUCUCCAGCAAGAGGGUCCAUGACAUGCACAAAUCCCCUGGGCCCGUCCAGCUACCUGUCCACCUGUGUGUUCACCUGUGAUGAGGGCUUUGCACAAACUGGUUCUCCAUCUAACACUCUGCAGUGUGGAGCGUCAGGUCGUUGGAACGCUUCACAGCCAUCUUGUGUUGCUAUCCCAGUGCCUGCUCCACAGGAGCUAGAGAACGGCUUUGUCAGCUGUGGAAAUGUAGACGAAACGUUCAUCCCCAGAAGAUCCUGCUACUUCAGCUGUGCCUCUGGCUACCGCCUGGUGGGGCCGGACACGUUGACAUACACAGCAGCAGCUGAGCUGAGUGAAAAUACACCUCGGUGUGAAGCGAUCACUUGUCGGAAACCAGAGGGAGACACUCAGCUGAUCCCGAAGUGCAGCAAAUCCCUCGCGGAGCUGCGACCAGGCUCCACCUGCAGCUUCAGCUGUGGUGCAGGCUUUAAACUGAAGGGAGUGGACACGAUUCAGUGUUCUGAUGAUGGGGAGUGGAGCAAACCUAUACCAAGCUGCCAAGCAAUAACAUGUCCUGCUCCUGAGAUUCCAACAAAUGGCCAGAUCAGCUGCAGCCUUUCACUUCCCUCACCUUCUCUCACCGAGGCCUCUCAUCCACUUGGCGUGAUCUGCACUUUUAGCUGUGAUGAGGGCCACGAGCUCCAAGGAGCACACAGCAUGGAGUGUGGACAUCCAGGCCAGUGGACCUCUGCACCACCAACCUGCACAGUUGUAAGCUGCCCACUGCUCAAGGCUCCUGAAAAUGGUUUAAUUAACUGCUCAAACAAUGAGACAGUGUACAACUGUCAGUGCUCCUUCACAUGCAAUCAAGAUUACACACUGAAUGGACAUGAGCUGUUAACGUGCAAUCAUCAUGGCAACUGGACUGGAGAGAGACCAACCUGCCAAGCCUCGCCAUCUGAAGUUUCUGCUCUUGCCUCUGGUGCGGCAGUAGGGGGCGCCCUAUUAAGUGCUGGCUCUCUGGCUAUAUGGUUCCUCAAACGGGCCCUGAAGCAGAAAAAAGACACGUUUGAGUUGAGCAGCUCCUCCGACAUAGAAGCCCCUCCUACAGAGGUCUACAGAAACAGCACUGACAGCCUCAUAUAGAACAUGAUGACACUAUGAGGACAAAUGCAUUUUUAACAUAUCUGCAUAAUGAUUGUAUACUGCUUGUUAUUCUUUUAACGGAAAAACCCAGUAUGUCAUGUAUGGUGGUUUAUGCUUUGCAGAAUUUAUGUUUCCUCUCUAAUGUUGUUAAGACAUGUACUGAAUUUCCUCCCAGUGGGAGUUUUAAAUUGAACAUAUUGUUCUACAGCUUCAUAAACAUAAUGGAUGGUGGUUACAUUA